GGAUUAUAAUCACUUAGGGUUUCAGCGUUUGGAAUUACGGCAUUCAGGAUUGUGUCUUUCCAGAUUAUGAUCGGCUCCUGGAUGUUCCUUUCCUCCAGGCAUAGGAGGACACCUCUCACAUGAGGGUCUUAUGACCUGCUUCAGGAAAAGGUCAUACCUGCUGGCCAAGACUACUUGCAUUUGAUGCCAUAAAGAGCUCACAGGCAAAGAAGUGAGAAGCAGCACUUGAGCCGAGAACCUCAGCAUGCUAGAAGCUGUCUACAACAUCACAACAUUACCCCAGAGAGGAAUCCAGGAUUCUCACACCAUGACACCAUCCUCAUCUGUUUCUCCAGCCACAUUUGGACAUGGAUCUGGCAGCCAAAGCUCAUGGUUUUUGGCUAGACCUGUGAUCAUUUUCGCUGGACUUCACUGCACGCUUUCUCAGUAUCUCCUUCGUCCCUAAUGUGUGACACCUCAUCAUGGACAUGCUACUUUAGCUAAGGCAUGGCCAGCAAUGAACAGCAGUAAGGUAAAGAGCCUCUCUCCCUGGCCACCACUACCACAGGCCCACAGGAAGGACUGCCGGGCUACUGCUGAUGUUGGCGGAAGGCCCAAGUUUCCUUCAGUCAGAUUGUGGUGAAUGCUGCCAGGCCUGGGACUUACCCUGCAGGGCAGUGGGCUCCUCUCUGGCCCGCAGCAGGUCUAGAAGUGCCAUCCAAGAGGCAAGACCUGGCAUUGGAAGCUGUAAGAAUGUGCUUGGUGCUCUACCCCACUGUGUUUGAGAUGAUACCUAAGAUAAUGUGCUGAUUAGAAGGCUCACUUGUGCAGUGUGGAGGAUAACCAGUGCCUUACAAAAUGGGAUUUGGGAGUGACCUGAAGAAUUCACAUGAAGCAGUGUUAAAAUUGCAAGACUGGGAAUUACGGUUACUGGAAACAGUAAAGAAAUUUAUGGCCCUGAGAAUAAAAAGUGAUAAAGAAUAUGCAUCUACUUUACAGAACCUUUGUAAUCAAGUUGAUAAGGAAAGUACUGUCCAAAUGAAUUAUGUCAGCAAUGUAUCCAAGUCUUGGCUACUUAUGAUUCAGCAGACAGAACAACUUAGUAGGAUAAUGAAGACACAUGCAGAGGACUUGAACUCUGGGCCUUUACACAGGCUCACCAUGAUGAUUAAGGACAAGCAGCAGGUGAAGAAAAGUUACUUAGGUGUUCAUCAGCAGAUAGAGGCAGAGAUGAUCAAGGUUACAAAAACAGAAUUGGAGAAGUUAAAAUCCAGCUAUAGACAAUUAAUAAAAGAAAUGAAUUCUGCCAAAGAGAAAUAUAAAGAAGCUUUAGCUAAAGGGAAGGAAACUGAAAAGGCCAAGGAACGAUACGAUAAAGCGACAAUGAAACUUCAUAUGUUGCACAAUCAGUAUGUAUUGGCGUUGAAAGGGGCACAGCUCCAUCAGAAUCAGUAUUAUGAUAUCACACUUCCCCUGCUUCUGGACUCCUUACAAAAGAUGCAAGAAGAAAUGAUAAAAGCACUCAAAGGUAUAUUUGAUGAAUACAGCCAGAUAACCAGUCUUGUCACAGAGGAGAUAGUGAAUGUCCAUAAAGAGAUUCAAAUGUCGGUUGAACAGAUAGAUCCUAGUACAGAAUACAAUAAUUUCAUAGAUGUUCACAGAACAACGGCUGAUAAAGAACAAGAAAUAGAGUUUGAUACUUCCUUAUUGGAAGAAAAUGAAAAUCUUCAGGCAAAUGAGAUCAUGUGGAAUAAUUUAACAGCAGAAAGUUUGCAAGUAAUGUUGAAAACCUUAGCAGAAGAACUUAUGCAAACACAGCAGAUGCUUUUAAACAAGGAGGAGGCUGUUUUGGAGUUAGAGAAGAGAAUUGAAGAAUCUUCUGAGACUUGUGAGAAGAAAUCUGAUAUUGUGCUUCUGCUAAGCCAAAAACAGGCACUUGAAGAACUGAAGCAGUCAGUCCAGCAGCUGAGAUGCACUGAAGCAAAGUUUUCAGCACAGAAGGAAUUACUAGAGCAAAAAGUGCAAGAAAAUGAUGGGAAAGAGCCACCUCCAGUAGUAAAUUAUGAAGAAGAUGCACGAUCAGUUACAUCUAUGGAAAGAAAGGAGAGGCUAUCCAAAUUUGAAUCUAUUCGUCAUUCAAUUGCUGGAAUAAUUAGGUCUCCAAAAUCCGCACUGAGCUCUUCAGCACUUUCUGAUAUGAUCUCCAUCAGUGAGAAGCCUUUGGCAGAACAGGACUGGUACCAUGGUGCAAUUCCCAGAAUAGAAGCUCAAGAACUGUUAAAAAAACAAGGAGACUUUUUGGUGCGAGAGAGUCAUGGGAAACCUGGUGAAUAUGUCCUUUCUGUAUAUUCUGAUGGACAGAGGAGACAUUUUAUCAUACAAUAUGUUGAUAACAUGUAUCGAUUCGAGGGCACUGGAUUUUCAAACAUUCCUCAACUUAUAGAUCAUCACUAUACAACGAAACAGGUCAUCACUAAGAAAUCGGGUGUAGUUCUGCUGAAUCCUAUUCCUAAGGACAAGAAAUGGAUUCUCAGUCAUGAAGAUGUCACAUUGGGAGAAUUACUGGGCAAGGGAAAUUUUGGUGAAGUAUAUAAGGGCACAUUAAAGGAUAAAACUUCUGUUGCUGUUAAAACAUGUAAAGAAGAUCUUCCUCAGGAAUUGAAAAUAAAAUUUUUACAAGAAGCCAAAAUUCUCAAGCAAUAUGAUCAUCCCAAUAUUGUCAAACUUAUAGGAGUUUGCACACAAAGACAGCCUGUCUACAUCAUUAUGGAACUGGUUUCAGGAGGUGAUUUCCUCACCUUUCUGAGAAGGAAGAAGGAUGAACUAAAACUCAAACAGUUAGUGAAAUUUUCAUUAGACGCUGCUGCUGGUAUGUUGUAUCUCGAGAGUAAAAACUGUAUACACAGGGACCUUGCUGCAAGAAACUGCCUGGUGGGUGAAAAUAAUGUUCUGAAAAUCAGUGACUUUGGAAUGUCUCGUCAAGAGGAUGGUGGAGUGUAUUCAUCUUCUGGCUUAAAGCAAAUUCCCAUUAAAUGGACAGCACCAGAAGCUCUUAAUUAUGGGAGAUACAGUUCGGAGAGUGACGUGUGGAGCUUUGGCAUCCUUCUCUGGGAGACCUUCAGCUUAGGGGUUUGUCCGUACCCUGGAAUGACAAAUCAACAAGCAAGAGAGCAAGUAGAAAGAGGAUACCGGAUGUCAGCUCCCCAGAACUGUCCAGAGGAUAUUUUUAAAAUCAUGAUGAAGUGUUGGGAUUAUAAACCUGAAAAUCGCCCUAAGUUCAGUGAACUUCACAAAGAGCUCACUAUCAUCAAGAAAAAACUCACAUAGUGACAGGAUGGCGCCAAACCCAGCCUUCAGGACUCUGUCCUCCAGCAGAGUAACGUUAUUGUCCUCAUUAACAAUGAAUUUAUACCACAUUACCUUCGACAGUCUUCUACCAUUUUUUUUUAUUAACUGGGUGUUUUAAAAGUAUGUUCCACUUGUAAAAAGUCAAACGCAAAUUUGUUAAAGAAAUAGGCAGUCCUACCAAGGGCUUUCUUAGCUAACCAUAGCAAUCCUACCAUUUCAGGCCAUUGCAAAUGGAAAAGCACAGGCUUCUAAGUGUGUGAAGGAUAAAAGAUUUAUCCUUUUCACACCUUGUUUCUACUUCAGGCACAGUUUGUGGGCUGCCAUCCUAUGCCACAGACCCUACUCAGUUGGUGCUAUAAACAGUAUUGGUAAUGCCAUGUUUGCAGUACAUAUUCCAACCACAGCUGGCUUUCUCCUCUGCCAAAGCAAGAUUAUAUUUGUAAACAGAUUUUUAUAUUGGGAAUUAUUUGGACCUCCUGAGGUUUUUCUUUUCUUUCUUGCCAGGUAUAAGCCCAAUGUAAGAAUCAUCAUGCUCCUACAUUAUUCGUAAGGUUGUCAUUUUCCUCCUCCUUUGGGCAUCAGAAAACAAUGCACAUAGGCCGGGCACUGUGGCUCACGCCUGUAAUCCCAGGCAUUCAUGCCUGGGAUUACAGGCGUGAGCCACAGUGCCCAGCCCCCUCCCUACUUUGGGAGGCCGAGGUGGGCGGAUCACCUGAGGUCAGGAGUUCAAGACCAGCCUGGCUUACAUGGUGAAACCCUGUCUCUACUAAAAAAAAACACACACACACCACAAUGCAUGAAACAUCGUUAAAGUUAGAGUUGAGGCAGUUGCCUUUCAAGGAUGUUAUAGAGAAUUGUGAAGCAAGAAACAGGUUUGAACAGGAGGGUGGGCUGGAGAAAAGAGCAGCUAGAAUGAUUAUCAAAAGUAAAGUAAAAAUAUAAAACCACCUUAUCAGAGUUACGCCUUUAUAAACACACAUUCACAUAUUCUAUUCUAAAAACAAACACAUAAUACGUAUUCUAUUUUAUGGUCUAAAUUUACCAAAAAGCUCCUGAGAAAAGUUUCAGGAAUUCAUAGAGUCCUCUUAAUGGCAACAAAAAUUUUGAGAGAAACUGCAAAGCACAAAUCCACAGAAAUAACAGCAUACUUUCAGUUAAGCAUCUUCACCUUAGAGGGGGCAUUCCAAAAUGUAAUUUCCUUUAUUUCUACCAGUUUUUAGAGCUGUCAGAAUUUCAUGAUUCUAGUUCACCAAUACAUUCACGUGUGUGCAUGUGCACACACACACUACCAAGGUGCAAGACAGAUGUGAAUGAAGUAGACAGUCUAGAAGUCAGGUGAAUAUUAAUGAGAAAGAUGACAUAGGGACAGCCCUCCCAUUUCUACUUCCACCUUCAUUGACCCUUAUACUGCCCCCUGGACAUUCUUACCAUUAGCUGGCAGGUAUGCGAGCGUAGUGCUGAAGAUGUCUCAUGUGGAUAAAAUCUAACUCAGUUAAAAGUAGGAUUCUGUAUCUUAACUCUUAUCUAGGGAACUAACUGCACGAUCUGUAUAUAGUCGCCUCUCAGGAUAAUACAUAUAUAGAAGAUGGUCAUGCUCAGGGCUAAAUAUGUUCUGGAAGCCUUUUAUAAGUUCUCAGGCCUGUGUUCUGGUAAACAUCACCUUAGUGAUUAUUUGGUCUGCAUUCAUUGGAAGAGCUUAGGGAUAGAAAAUUCCUCCUGCCCUCUCCAGCUGUUUGCUGCCUGUACCAUCGCACAGAACUCACACCAGUACUUUAAAUUUAGAUUAUGAAAGAUAAUACUGAAGAGAAAAGUGACUUGUAUCUGUCAUUUCAGUCUCCUUGCAAAUUUCAUACAUACUUAAUGAUUAGUACAUUCAGACUAAAGGGAACUUUUUUUUUGAUGGCACAUACUAUGGUAAAUCAAAGCACAGACUCAGAAGUGCUUACCAGCCUUCAAAAGUAAGAGUAAAAUGGGAUAUUCCUACCUUUUUUUUUUUUUUUUUUUUUAGUAUUUCUAAGUGAAUCUCUAUAAUAUUCUUUGUCUGUUUAAAGAAAACAGCCUCCCAUCACAUAGUGGCUUCAUGCUAAGCUCCUAGCAAGAAGAGAAAAUGAUGUUUUUGGCUUUAGUUUUAUGAACAAGAUCAAAAGCUUAAUCCUGGCAUUCUGGUGUAAAGAAGGAACACAGCAUUGAUAUUUCACUCAUCUAGUCUGUUACAAUUUGCAGUUCACAUCAUUACUCUGUGCUUAAAUUUAAAAGGCUUUUCAAAACAUCGUGACAUGUGUAGCAUUUAAAUUCCAUUUUAUUCUUUGUCCUAAAGCAGGCAGUGGUAUAGUUCAAGAUUAAUAACUUUUUGGGAGUCUCUCAGUCAUAUAGAAUAUUAAAUUUAAUAUAGCCACAUGCAGUAAGAAAAACUAAUGCAAACAAUUUUUCACUGUUAAUUUUGUUGUGCUUGAAGCAUAAUUUAUUCAUCCCUUCUGUCACUGGUAAUUAUUGGAAUUAUGUGCUUUAGGAGGCUAAUCCAUGCCGAAGAAGCACACACAUACUGUUCAGAAUGUGCAAGUUGAUGUAGGGAAAGGAAGCUUCAGAAAUGUACAAAAUCCUGUGAUUUGUUUAGUAAGAAAAGAGUUGUAACCAAAAUUUCUUCUGGUCUGGAUGUAAUUAGUCCAGUCACAAAUCUUUGUGUUAAUGGAUUGUUCAAGAGUUAUAUCUCACUACUGCAUAGUUCCUCUCCUAAGUCCUUAAACUUAUUAAAAUAAGGGGAGGUAAACAAGCAGUCUGUCUCUCGCUGGUGUCUUCCCACCUUGAAUCACUAACGGGCCUUUAUGAGAAAGUUUAGGUUGUCCAUCAUUUUACAAGGAAAGACAUCUUUCACUGUUAAAUUAACAUUUAUUACCAACAUGUGAAACCUAAAAUUAAUUUUGUAUCCCAUGUAAUCUAAGGCCAAAGCCAACAUAUUCUUUCUUUUCCGGGAAAAUAAAAUGGACAGGUUUUAUUUAAACUUUCAGAAACUGAAGCUUUAUUCCGCCCAUCCUGCCAGGAGACCACCAGUGAAAGAUCUCAUGUUUCUCUUUUAUCUCCCAAAUGUAAUGUGGGCAAUAAAAUUCUCCUUCCACAACUCACUGUUUUAUUACAAAUACAAUAUUACUGAAACAUCUUAUUAGCAGAUAAGUGUAGACCAGGAGCCUAAUUGUUUUGGGUAUUUUCAGUGCACAUUUCACAAUUGUUUUUCAUUUUAGGAUUAUUUUGAGAAGAAAACAAAAUAUUUUGUCAUUGAAAUAGUUUUAAUUUCCUUUAAACCAUAAUUUGGUUUUUGUAUCUAUAUUAUAUUCAAUUCAGUUUUCCCAUAUAACUUUUCUGAAGAUUGGCUAGUACCACAAAAUAACUAUGGCUUCACAAUACUAGUGUUAGAUUAUGUCAAGAAGAAAGUGUUUUAUUUACAACAUAUGCUACCCACUGAGGACCUUGUAGUGGGAUAAACAAAAAUUAAAAUGCAACAAUCCAGAUAAAUUAUAAGGUAACAGUACAAAUAUCUGAAUCAUAAGUCACAGUUGUUCAGGGUUAUUUCAGUCACACCACUUUAUAAUUAAUUCUUGUGAGUCAUCAGAUGGAAGAAUGUACCUGAAAACCUUACUUAGCACACUCUGUGUACACUGUUUAAUGGCCAUGCAUCUUUUCAAGAUUGAUAUUUUCUGAAAAAGGGUUGUUUGCCUCAGCCCUCUUCUUUUUACAUAUACUCCCUUUAUCAUUGAUAUUUUAGAUGUUUCUUAUCAACAGAAUUGGCUGCCUGUGGUUAGUGCUAUGAGUCCUGGCAAGACUUGCUUUUGCAUUUCAGAAGCCAGACCCUCCUACAAAACAGAACAGUGCAAAAUAAGCAGCAGAGAGACAGACAAUUGGAAAAGACAUGUUUUCUUUAGGUAUUAAUAUCUUAAUUAAAUGGAAUCAGAUUUUAUAUGAAAAUGAGUUUAUAUUACAUUUCCAUUAUACUGUUAAGUUAAUGUGAAAGUUUACCAUCAAAAUAGUGUUACUUCUUUUAUGACUCUGAAUUGCUUAUACAUAUCAGAAUGUUCAUUAAAUGUUUUAAUUUCAUUUAUUUUCCUAUGUUUUGAUUAGUUUCACAUCAAGUCUGAAUACUGUAUAUUUUGGAAGAAUCCAAAACCACAUAUGAAGAUACUCUGAUUUUAAAAGUCAGGAUUUCAUGUACCAAGAAUGACCUACUUGAAGGAGAUUUUGCUACACUCUUGGAGUCCCCAAAAUUCCCCUUUUAAAAAAAUGCUGUCCUCUAGAAGGUGUAUAAACUAUACCUUAGUCAUAAUUCAAUUUAAUGAAAUAGUACCCCAUUAAAAACCAUCCUCCUGCCUCAUACCAAUUCAGAGAUUAAAUGCUGAACUUUUAGUGUAGGCAUUAGGAAUCACUUAGCCACCUAAUAAGGACUAAGAUUCUUGGGUCGCAGAAAAAUCCUGAUGUGCUAGAUUCUUAGUCACUUUAAACUGCAUAGAAGUAAUGAGCAUAGGCUUCAGUAUAUUUAAUAAGGUGCUGAGGCAGCAGAUUCAAAUGCAAAAGAGGGAGGAACCAGUUACUCCAAGGCAGGAUGAUGCACCCCCACACAGAGUGUGGAAAAAUUAAAGUGAAACAAAGAUUUGGACAAUGGCAUUAGGAAGCCUAAGGAGAACAUGCUACGAGGCCAGAUCCUGUCCUGUGCAAGAUAAAAAAGAUCAGCAGAACUAAAGCAAAAGCAGUCAUCUCCAGUGUAUGGGCCUUAGCAAGAGUAAACCAAAUACCUCUCAUUGUGUUAGAAGCUGUGUUAUAUUCCCAGCUCAGAGAUGAUUGUGUGCUGUGCAGUGCUUAUACUCAUUAUUUUCCCAACUAAUGCAUUUGGUCAUAUGUAUUCCAGUUUUUCAAAGACACUACCCAAAGCCUCUUUACAUUUGCAUUGGUUAUAUUUAAUAUUUCUUAAGCUAAGAUCACUGAUUAUCCACACAUCAUUAGAAAUCUUUGGUUACAGUGAAGCUAAAGUCUCCGAAAUGAGACUACACUUAGAUCAGCCCUAUUUCACCUUUGGACUAACGUUGACUAAAUGGCUCCUGGAGUUAUCCACAGAGGGAGCUUACUAUGAUGAGAGCUACUGUGGGGAAACAUAGUAUUCAACAGAGAAAUGGAAGAAUACAAGUAGCAAUGCUCCUUGUCUUCAAUAACAUUUGAGGGAAAGGAAUCUAGAAACCCUAAAGCUAGUCAUGGUGCCUAAGGUAAGACACAAAAAGAGACAUCCAGAAAGGAAGGUUGAAAGGAAAUGAAGGGCAGUAACAAAGCACCAAUGUAAAAUGACCCAAAGCCAACAAUAAAGGCAAUAACAAUAAGGGAAACUAACCCUCCCAAAGGGUUUGAGGAGCUUCCUGCUGUGUGUCCUUAAACAGUGCAUGCCUCUUAAGUCUCUACAACACUUGUUUCAAGGGCAUCAAAUUGGACAUUGGUUUAAUUUUUCCUAUGCUCCCUAUAAUCUCGGGAGGUAACCAUUGUUUAACCAGAAUUACCCUUGCUCUGUUUUUCUGUGAGGCCUCAGACAUAACGGUGGUUCAGCCCUCUCCCUAAGCAGUAGCAAGCCGAGUAAUGGCACACGUAUGUCUAGGAUAGCCAGCAUUCAGGAAAAUUGCUGUGAACCUCCUGUUUUUUAUUUUAGUAAAGAAAAAAAAUGUCUUUCAGGUUUGUGACAUGAAGACAGAUUUAGCUUCCCUCUUGUCAGCAAAUUUGUAAGAACCUGAAAACAACUGAACAUUUGGAAUUCACUCUAAGAGAUACAAAUCCUGAAUUUCUAACUAUCUUCUCAAAUAUUACUGAGGCAAUUAUUAUUGAGGCCAGCAAGAUGCAAGUGUUCUGCAAAGUAAUAAACUGUUCUAAGUGAUAGUGUUGAUGCUGGAAGUGGAAUGUUAUGUUUCCCCUCAGCUGUAUUCAUUCAGAAAGUUUUUCUUGAACAUCUACCAUAUGAGGUGCAGAGAAUACUACCAGGUGCUAGGUUUUCCCGUAUUUGACUUCUGAUUACUAUUUCCUUUUCUCAUCUUUCACUUUUCAAGAUUUUGCUUUACCAAAAUAGUAAAGCCUUUAUCAUCCGCUUAUAUUGAAUAAUGCUGUAAUUGGCCUCAACCAAAGAGUUUCUCCUCAGGUGCUUCGGGGCCUCUACCCUUCUAAGGAACUCCCAGGCACCUACUUAACAAGGCCAGCUACACACUCAGUAUAUGAGAAGCCCCAUGAUAGGUGCAGGUUAGAAUUCAAAGACUGGUUGGAGUCCUAGAUGUGGCGACAGGAUGAUCAGGUGGCACUUGUUAGAUGGGUAACGCUAUCGGUAGAAGCUCCUGAGAGAUUUCCUAACGCAGCAAGAUUUCUGUGAGUGGAGGUAUCCUGGAGGCAGCCUAUUGACCAAGUAAGCUGAUCAGGUGGCCUCCUCUACCCACCAAAGAAAUGUGUAAACACUACCAAUAAUUGCUUUAUCUGAAACUCCUGGAGAUACUCAGUUCUUCCAUCCCACUGUUCUAUUGCCAAUACCUUUUGUUGUUUUCUUCACACUCCUCUUGUCAGCAAAUGUCUGAAAGUAUUUCAAUUGUGUAAUGUUAAAGGGUUUUUUCCAAGGCUUCAGAAAAGAGGGCAACAAAUAUGAAGCCUUAAGUUCAAAAUAAGCCAUUCUACCUAGAUAUACAGACCCCAGAGCACCAUUGCAUGAAAAUAAUCUGUACCCUGCAGUUCCCCAAAACAGUAUUCAUCCUGAAAAGCCAAACACCACACCUAUUUUCCUAUUUGCUAAGAAUCAGAAUAAGCACAUUCUAAAUAGUAUCCAAACCAGAUUCUAAAAUGACAUAGUAAGAAGCCAGAUUCAAACUGUAACCAAAGUAGACAAUAGAAAUAUCACUUUACCCCAUUGUCAUCAGUUAGAACACCCUUGCAAAAACUGUAACCACUUAAGCAAUUCAUCUGAUCCCAGAAGAUCAGACCUUCUUUUGAAAGCGUAGGACAGAGAUCAAUGGGAAAUGUCAGCGUUCUGAGCAACACAGGAUAAAUCUAAGAGGGCCUUUAAAAAUAAAUCUCAAUUCAUACAUUGGAGCAGCAAAAAACUGAGCAGGAGAGAAAACUGAGAGUCCAAAGUCAUUUUUCAUAUAGCUCUUGUCAAAUAGUAUAACCUUUGGGUCUUCUUUGAGUUGCCCGGAUAAUAUUCAAGAAACAACUAAAUGCCCCCCAUUUGGGGAGGGGGGGUUCAGAUCUCUAACCUGGAUUCAAAGCCUUAGAGGCCGAGAGGGAAUCUGGAAUCUGGUAUUACUGAUAUCCUAGGUAAAAGAACCGGCCUGGCAGUCUUUCCCAGCUCACCAGUCCGUGCUUUUAUUUUUAAACCCAAAAGAAAGAAAGAAACACACCCUUUUAUGUAGGAAUUUCCCUUUGACAAAUAAUUUGACUUGGUAGAAAUAAACUUGCCUGCCUGCUCUUAAAUGCCAGACUGUUGCAAGCAAAUGCAGAGGGAAAGGUGCCCAGAGCCAUGCUUGAUGGGACUUUGAAUAUUUUCUCCUUACCUAAAGUACGUUGCUUGUAUUUAGACUAUAAGACGCUACAGAGGUCUAUCUCAUGCCAUGCCAGUGUGAACUGCUUUGCUCCAGUAACAAUCAGAAGACCAGUCCAACAGAAGAGAACUUGUCAUAAUUCCACCUUAGAUUCUAGACCUCUCGUACCUACAGUGUACAGUAUACAGAAUAUGUACAUGUUCCAAUGGAAUUCACUAUUUUUGGCUUUAGUGUCAAAGAGAUUGGUUCUACAAGGUUCGUCUGAUUUCCCAUAACAAGUAAAUUUUAUAAUCCUAUGACUCUAAAUUCAAUCCCCAAUAUAGAUUCUAAGCAUCAAAUCAAAUUCAAAGUUAAAGGGGAACUGGUCGAGAGGGGUCUCAGUUAUUUCAAAUCCAUGACCAAAGUGGCCAAAGACAUGAAACUCUUACACCUGCUGAGCAUUUCACUUGACUAUACAAAAUGUCAGCUACCCAAUUCUGUCCUGUGAUGUGAUCAGACUGUCAGUGUGGACCAGUGGCCAGGAGCAUAUUUAUGGGCCAUUUCUGUUCAUCAUUCUUUACAGAGCACUGAGGUUUCCCACUGAAACAGUUUCUUUAGUCAGAUGCCUAUAGAUUUUACAUAAAUUUACAUUUAAAUGUAUUAAGUUAGAUGGCCUAAUUGAGCAUCCGAAUGGGGGUUGGUGGUGGUGCAGAUUCUGCUGGCUUUAUGUUAUGGUUUUGUUUUUUUUUCUUGGUUUUGUCUAGCUGCUUCUGGCAAGGGCCCUAAAAGAUUGGAACACUAUAUAAAGUCGUAGACAUAGAACCAUAUGGGAAAGCCCAGAGGAAAAACGUGGAAGAAUAAAAUCAGGUUGUCAACGUGCCAGCAACAGCCCUGACUUCUUCCGGAACCCAAGCAAACUGAAAGCCAGGACAAAAUGUACAAAUGGUGCCCAUGCCAUUUGACUGUGGGUGACCCGCUAGGCUAGGGCUCUCAUAGUGACUGGUUGUGGAAAUAUGAUUUUUCUAAGUUCCUCCCUUUUCCCUUUGAUAGAUGCGUUUGAGAUAAUGGAGUAGGAGUGAGGCCCUAAGGCACUUCUGGUCAAGACAUUCCACCUGCAAGCAGCAUUUUGAGCAAAGCACUGCUGUGGUUUGCCAAUUUAUGGUCCAUUUAAUGUCAGGCUAAAGCACCUUUAAUCAUUUUUGUUGUUUUAAGAUAAUAUAUUUGUGAAGUGGAUAAACACUGGAAAUAGGGUGCUUCUUCUGGAAAGUUCAGUGGAAAACACAAGGCUUUGGCGGGUUUAUCUGGCUUUAUAAACAAGUCUGAAAAAUGGAUGAAAGCUAAAUAUAUAAAGCAGUUGGUUGUCUAUCUUUUAUCAUUUUAACUCAGAUCUGUAUUUAACACUUAUUUAUUUGUUAGUUUUUACAUUCAAAAGAAUACACUUUGAACUUUGGCUAACAUUGUAGGAUAUUUUUAAAUUGUUUCUACAUUUUUAAAGCAUGAUUUCAUCUUUUUGUAAACUUAGAUCAUUUUUGAAUUGCCUUUUCUUUUCCAAUAGACCAAUUACCACUCAUGUGUCUGCAGAACCUCUUUAUUGUAUUCUUAUAAUAAAUGUAAAAUAUUUGUAGCAAA